CAAACAUGGUGAAACUGAUAAAGGAGAUACCGAAUACCAUCAUCGAGAAGGACCACAAUCACUAUGGAAAGAAUAAGAGUGCUCUUGAUGGAGAAAGGGUUCGCGACAUAGAGAGAGUUCGCAAUGUAGUAAUUAUCUGUCCAAGAAAGCAUGAUAAGACAAAACUCUUGGAUUCUUUGUUACCAUCUCGUGGUACUGGAGCUAGAGCUGAGGAGGAAGGGGCAGGUGAAUCAGGGGACCUCUCCUUUUGCUAUGACAUGCAAGUUGGCAAUGUGCAGAAAGAUGACCAUACUUUCUUCAUCAACAUAAUCGAUUCACCGGGGCACGCGGAUGCCCCUUCCAAAGCCACAAGUGCAUUGACUUUAGCUGAUGGAGCUAUAUUGUUAGUUGAUGAGGGUGUUUCCCUUCAUCAGGGAGGCCUGAUCAAACAUGCUGUUAGUGAGAGAAUCAAGACCGUUCUUUCACUAAAUAUUUUGGAUUCAUGGCUGUACAGAUCAAUUGAUGACGGAGAGGAAGUAUACCAGGGCCUCUUUCAGGCUAUCAAGAACAUCAAUGAGGUGAUGGAGAGUUAUGAUGAUAAGCUCCUUGGUGAUCUCACUUUCAGCCCAGAAAAGGGAACUGUGGCUUUUACCAGCAUGUCUUAUGGCUGGGGCUUUACCCUUACAAGUUUCUCGAAGAUGCUUGCACCACUGUUCCAGCUCGAUGAAGCUUUUAUAAGGAAGAAAAUAUGGGGGGAUAACUUUUUUGACAUGAAAACCAUGACAUGGACCAGCAAAAACACAGGGUCUCCUUCGUGCUUGAGAGGAUUUUUUCUUCAUUAGAAAUCUUCUUAGUGAGAAAAGCAUGAUCUUUUACCAAGUUAUCAUGAGUAACACAAAGUUCCUCAUGAACCAAUUUUAGCUCCUCAUGUGAA